AUGCCUCUUCCGAAAUACACCUACAAUGGCCCAAUCGACCACACCGUGGUGCCCGAUCUAGCCAAUGCCAAAGGCAAAUCUGUCAUCAUUACCGGAGGUGCAAACGGCAUGGGUGAGGCCAUGGUGCGCGCCUUCACCGCGGCCGGCGCCUUUGUCACUUUUGGCGAUCUUCACCCCAGAGGAGACAAUCUCGCCAAGGAAUUGAACGCGAAUGGUGAGACAGCCGCGUUUGUAAAGUGCGAUAUUACAGACUGGGAUAGUUUGAUUACACUAUUCGAGACGGCCAAGGACAAGAGUCCGCAUAACAGCGUUGAUAUUGUCAUUGCCAAUGCGGGAAUCUCGCGUGCCUCGGGUGACAGUCUUUGGAACCUGGAUGACCCCAGUGGCGCACCAACCAAGCCCAAUCUCAAUAUCGUCCGUGUCAACAUGGACGGGACAUUCUAUACCUGGAGACUUGCAGUUCAUUAUUUCAGGAAACAACCCGAUACUGAGGACCGAGACCGAUGUUUCAUCAUGACUGGAAGCAUGGUCGCGUACAUUGAUUCACCUGGAAACUGGGAAUACACAGCGACCAAGUAUGGCCUCCGCGGCUUCAUGAAGACCGUGCGUCGAAGCAGCUGGGAGCAAGGAAUCCGCAUCAACUAUGUCGCACCAUGCUGGAUCAAAAGCGCUAUUCGGACCAAGGAGUACGAAGAUUGGCUGAUUGAGCGUGGUGUCGAGUUUGGGGAGCAGGCUGAUUGCGCCGGUGCGAUGAUGCGGAUCGCAUGCGAUAAAUCUAUUAACGGACGCUCACUUAUGAUUACCCCGAGGUCCUUCGCCAAGGAGGGAUUCGUGGAUGUAAACAGAGAAGACUAUUCCGAUCCCAAGGACGAGUACUUCGCGAAGAAGCAGGCGUCGCAGUUGGUCAUUAUCGAGGAUAAAUGGCUGGACGACUAUAAAGUGAGGAUUUACAAAGAUUGA